UUUUAGGCUUGUAGGCCUAAGCAGCUGGCGCGGCCCGCGGGUUGCUCAGCUGGGGGGUUAUCGGUCGAAGGAAGGAAGGAGGGUAACUAUGGUUCAUAAAAAGUCCACCUAUAGACUGAACUACAGAAACUAUGCCCCUCAUGUGCGCAAGACUGUGUGGCAGGAAAACAAUGACAUAAGACUCAGAAGACGAGAGGAGGAGAGGUCACAUCAUUCAAUAGAAGAAAGUGACUCUGACUGUGUGUGUGAUGAGUCUGAAGAGGAAGAGCAGGUGGAGGGUCCAGCACCAAGAGGAUUGGGAGCAGUCAGGCAUUCUGGGCCAAGAGACAGGUUCACAGGUUCUCAAGAACAAAAUCGUCAUCGAGCAAUACCACCAAAUCGGCCCACAGAUCCUCCACCCAAUGUGCCUCGCCUCCGCUUCUCUCCUGAACAUUCUCCCAGAAUUUCUGAUCAGCAGAGGACACCAGAUAGCACAGAUGAUGAGGUAGGCAGGGAGGAAAGGAGCACCACAGGACAGCAAGGAAAUGGCAGAGGCAGUGAAGGAGAUGGCCUUCAUGAAACACAAGUCACAGAUCACAAUGUUGCCAUGGAAUCAAGAAACAGAACCAGGUCAUCCAGCAUGCAACUUGGAGUUAUGAGACCUGGAGGCCAAGCUAGAGAGUAUGACCUUAUACCUGGUUUCUUUACUCAAGCUGAAAGAGAAGAACAGGAUGGAGUAUCAAGGAAAGGAGUCUUGCCCAGGACUAGGAUAACCAAGAGUUGGCAGUUUCCUCUCACCUCACAGCUUUCCAGGACAACUCGCAGAAACUACCACAACCGCAAUAGAAUCACAUAUGUGCCAUGUGGUACCAGCUCAUCUGUCCGGCAUAUUGGAGAUAAGACAUCAUUUAACAUCCAUCUCAACAGAGAUCAGGCUAAGAAAGCAAAGAUAGCCAACUGUCAAGGACCCCAAGCCCACCACCUCAAGGCCCUGUAAGGAUGUUCUCGGUGACCUGAGUGACUGAACUUUUGAAAAUAUAUAGACUGGACCUGCAGGAGUGCUAUUUUGUGACAGAUUUGGCACGAGUUGCCUUGGAGAGCCCCACAGGAAGGAGUGAUGCAUUGAUAAUAAUAAUUAAAAUAGUAAUUACAGUGUUAUUUAGCCAAUGGGAAAUACAGCUCUGCUGCAAUGAUGACCUUGGGCCUUCCUGUGUCCUGUUGUUACCAUGUCUUACUUACCUUCUUAGUAAGAGAAGCCCAUGUGGCAUUUUUGUGCUGCUGAGUGAAGCUAUUCAGGCUGCUUCUUUCCUCAUAUACUUACUGACUGGAGGAGGAAAGUCUCAUCAUCAGUCCAGCUGGAUUUCUUCUAUUUGCCUUUUUUUUGCCUUAGGGGUCAUCUCCAUACUAAAGAAAAAGGAGAGGAAAGGAGGCUCUACUGAGUGGGAUUGGUGCAGCCCUGCUAUUCCUUGUCCAUAUAUUAUAUUUACUUUCUCCAGUCCUCACUGGCUCAUUUGUAUCAGUUUUUCCACUACUCCAACAAUAUCUUGUUCUUUCUCUCUCAAACAGUAAUUCAGGUGAAUCAUCAAUGGUACAAUCCCAUUCAUAUUUGUAAAGGCUGCCUUCCAUUGUUCCUCUAUGCCUAUCUUUUUUUUCUCUCUCUAAGAUAUACCAUUUUCUCACUUGCAUAUCCAUUAUCCUUCAAAAAACUUUCUUUUCCUCUUUUAACCUCUUCUCAUUUUUAUCCUGCAUCUCCUUAAGCUCACUCAGUCUUCCUUUUCCUCAUUCAGAUCCUUUCUCAACCGCAGCUGUUUAGUGUACUUGUUCCUUGCCAGUUUCCAUGCACUCUCUAACACUGCUUUGCACUGCACUUUUAGUCUUAUUCUUAUCAGCCUGUCCCUCUCCUCAGCAUAUUUUGCAGUUCUGUGACAAUCAUCUAUGUUAGGGGUUCUCAACUUUUUGCAAGCUGGGUUCCCCCAAAACUGUUUCAAUACAGUUGGGGUCACUUUCCUCCUUGCACCACCCACUUGACCCACUCUCCAACUAUACUACCAUAGAUUGAUAGAAUCAGAUAGAUAGCCCUUGGCGAGGCUAUUAUUGUAUUGGCCCACACUAUCAUUAUUAUUAUUAUUAUUAUUAUUUAUUUAUUUAUUUAUUUAUUUAUUUAUUUAUUUAUUUAUUUAUUUAUUUAUUUAUCACUCACCAAAUCUUCCCUUGUCCUGCACUUUUCCACCACACUAUUUACCACCUGUUUCAGUUCUUUCUCACUGAUCUGACCUUUUUUUCUUUUCUUUCACUACAAACAGAAUCACACUCUUCCUCUUGUGUGCAGCACCUCUUACUAUUUCUUCAUUAUUCUUAAUCCCAUUCACCACUUUCUCAGUGAUCCUGGACUCUGAACUCCUCCAUCUGCUCUUCAGUUAUUUUCUUAAAAUCUUCUACCCUUUCACCUUGGGUUAUCACAUUGCUUACACUCACCAAUUCUUCUAACUUCUUUACUUUUCCAUUUCCUGUCUCCCUCUCUCUUUGCCCUCCACUUACACUGUUCUUUACUCAACCCAACCACUACUCUCCUUGCCCUCCACUAACUAUAUCCAUCACUUGGUCCAACCACUGCUUCCACGCUAUUAGUUAUUCCCUUCUUGUGGUUCUCCACCUACCAUUCCAAAUUCUCCACUCUUGUUUGCAAUAUCUUUAUUUCCUCUGUGCUUCUCCCUCAUUGAUUCAGACAUCUCCCACAUUUUGUCCAUCUGCUGUUCCAAUUGAUUGACUCUCCUCUUCCACCAAUUCUCCUUACCUUCCUCACUUUCACCACCAAAACCAGAAAAAUUUGCAUCAGCCAUAUCCAUACCUACCUUCUUGGAACCACUCUCCUUUUCAUAAGAAUAAACUAAACCAUCCUCCUCCCUUUCCCAUGGAUCUCUAUUUUCCCUUUUCUUUCAGACACUCUUUUCUUUGCUUCCUUUUCACUUAACUACGUUAGACAUGGAGACGACUUUUUAAAGCACCCCUUCCCAAUGUACACUAGGUGAGGCUUGGUUUUGGAGUGCCAGCCUGACAUCCUCCCUUGAUCAUGGCUAACCACUGUGUAUUUACCUAGUUGAAUUGUAUCAGUUAUCUUUGCACUCAACCCAAUCUUUUCUAAGACUCUACCUAACAUUUCUCUAUUCACUCUAUCAUAAGCUUUCUCUACCUAGUAUUUCUCUAUUCACUUUAUCAUAAGCUUUCUCUAUGUCUAGAAAACCUAAGUACAGUUUACUACCAUCCUUCUUUCUUUCAAUAAUUUCAUUCACCACAAACAAGUUAACUUCUGCUCUUCUUUCCACAUGAAACCCAUUCUGUUCCUCACCUAACACUCCAGCUUUCUCAAUCCACUUACACAAUCUCUCAUUCAACACUGCACUGAAAACUUUACCUACUGUGUUCACUAAUGCAGUCGGCCUGUAAUUUUUCAAUUCAUUUUUUACCCUUGUAUCCUCCCUUAUGCAGCAGUCACCCUGCAUUCAUUCCACAUACUCAGCACUCUCUCCUCCUCCCACAUCUGGUUAAAUAGCUCAGUCAUUCUAUCAAUCACAACUUCCCCUCCAUUUUUGUACAUCUCAUAAGGUAUUUCAUCUGGCCCUGCUGCCAUCCCAUUCUUCUGCCUAUUCACACAUUUCUCCACUUCCUCCCUGCUGAUUCUUUCAUUUAACUCUUCCACAUCCUUCGUCUCCAGUGUCACACACCCUUCUCUCACAUCAUGUACCUCAUCUACACCUCCAAUCUCUUCCCAGAACUCUUUUAUUGCUCUUCUCAUUUCUUUUCUAUCUGUCACCACAGCUCCAUUCAGCUUCAGAUUCUCCAUAUUGUCACUGUUAGGCAUUCCCUCACCCCUCAGGAAUCUGUACCAUUCCUGGCCACCUUCAACACUUUUCUCUCUUAGUGACUGAAUCACACUUCUCUCACACUUAACUUCUAGCAUUCAUUAUCUUUCGCUUUGUUACUCACUGCUGACUCACAUAUGCUGUCCAUGCAUUUUGGUACUCACUCUCAGCCUCCUCAAUCUCAUGCCUCCUCUUUCUCCACUGCUUGCACACCCUAUUUAGUCUCUUUCUUUCCUUUCUAGCAUUCCUAAUUUCGUCACUUCACCAUGGCUUACAUGCAUGCUUCCUGGUACUUGUUCUUACAUACCUUAUCUGGCAUGCUGCUGCAUUUCUCACAUUCUCCACAAACCUAUCAUUCAUUUCUUCCACACCAUUCAAAUUUUCAUCCUCCCAGUUUCUCUCAAUCAAUUCUACUUGGAAAUUCUCCCAUCCUAUAUCCCUCAGUCUCCACUUUCUUCUCUUAGCCUUGGCAUUCGUUCUAUCUCUUCCAUUCAACUUACAUUCUAAUACCAGCACAUUAUGAUCCAAGACAAUGUCAAUCAUUCCAUCCUCAUCUAUCCACAUGCAGUCCACAAUCUCACACAUUCUCCCAUUCACUAGCAUGUAGUCAAUCGCAGACUCCUGGUUCCUAGCACACCAAGUCACUCGUCUGCCUUCCAGGGUCUCAUUCAGGUUUUCUAGGUCGAUCUCAUUCACAAACUCAUCAAGCAUCUCACCAUUCCUAUUCAUUUGUUCACCUUAAAUACCUAUGUGUGCAUUCAUGUCUCCCAUAAUAAUCACUUUCUCUCCAGCAUGAUCUCUUGCAAUCUUCUUCAAUAUACAGUACUUUCUGUUAUUCUCCCUAACUGCUGUCUCACCUUCCACUGUCAUGUACACUAAACUACAACUACCCUCUCAGGUCUACCAUGCUCAUUCCUACACUCCACUAGGACAGCUAACACAUCCUCACCCUCUGCACUGUCUCCUACAUCAAACUCUUUUACUUUCAGGCUCCUUGUCUUUCUGUAGAGCAAGGCUACGCCUCCUGACUUCACCUAUUUACUGCAUCCCUUUCCUACCAUCACAUACUCACUCCCUCCAUUCACACCACGUCCCUCAGGUGUGUCUCAGUUAUUCCUACCAAGCCCAAACUCCACUCAUUCAACUCCCUGCAUACAUCUUCAAAUUUGCCAAUGUCCCAUCCUCUCACAUUCAUACAACCAAGUUUCAUACAUGACCUUGCCUGUUUGGUGUCUUCUCUUCCUUGUUCUGGUGCACUCCUAUCCCUC